AUGGAGAAGAAGUGUGGGUGUUGGGCUAUUUUAAGACGCAGUGUUAGUGGCACCCGUAAAUCCUCUGAUUCAAGAAAUUCUGCGAACUCAAUCCCUAAAAGUAGUCUUGUUUAUGAUGCAGUUACAGAGACACGGUACCUCAAUGCCAGCAACAGGGGAAUGUGUGCUCCAGAUGAAGCACGAAGCUCAUCUGAUGAUCCCAAAUCCAAUCCACUACCGGCUGAAAAAGAAGCACCCCGCCAACUGCUGCAAUUUACUUUCCAGGAGCUAAAGUCAGCAACUGGAAAUUUUAGACCGGAUAGCAUUCUCGGCGAGGGCGGAUUUGGAUUCGUCUUCAAAGGAUGGAUUGAGGAGAAUGGUACGGCACCUGCGAAACCUGGGUCGGGGACUACAGUUGCCGUCAAGAGUUUGAAGCCAGACGGUGUUCAAGGCCAUAGAGAAUGGGUGGCUGAAGUGGACUUUCUUGGACAACUUCAUCACCCUAAUCUGGUUAAGCUAAUUGGAUAUUGCAUUGAAGAUGACCAAAGGCUACUGGUUUACGAAUUUAUGACCCGUGGAAGCCUUGAAAAUCAUCUUUUCAGAAGGACCAUACCUCUUCCCUGGUCCAACAGGAUAAAAAUUGCACUUGGAGCAGCCAAAGGAUUAGCCUUUCUCCAUGGAGGAACCGAACCUGUCAUUUACAGAGAUUUCAAGACGUCAAACAUUUUGCUUGAUACGGAAUACAAUGCAAAGCUUUCAGAUUUCGGUUUGGCAAAAGCUGGUCCUCAAGGUGACAAAACACAUGUUUCGACCAGAGUUGUCGGGACGUAUGGCUAUGCUGCUCCAGAAUACGUAAUGACAGGACACUUGACCUCAAAAAGUGACGUUUAUAGCUUUGGUGUUGUGCUAUUGGAAAUUUUAACCGGUAGGAGAUCGAUGGACAAAAAACGCCCGAGUGGAGAACAAAAUCUUGUCAUGUGGGCUCGUCCAUAUUUAUCAGACAAGCGAAAGGUGUUUCAACUAGUCGAUCCACGACUGGAAUUAAAUUACUCGAUCAAAGGGGUGCAGAAGAUUUCUCAGCUAGCUUAUAACUGCCUAACCCGGGAUCCUAAAUCCCGUCCUUCUAUGGAUGAAGUUGUAAAGGUUCUAACACCACUCCAAGACCUAAAUGAUCUUGCUAUUCUAUCUUACCACUCUCGGUUUUCUCAAGCCGGAAGGCGCAAGAAGAAACCAGACGGAAUGCAUCAACUCAAUGGCAACCAAUCCAAGAGUAGAAGAGAUUCUCCAUUAAAAUCUGGUAAACAGAAUUACAAAUAA